AUGCUGAGGCCUGACAUCACAGCAACUUCGCCUUGCGUCCCAGCGGCGUCCCCAUCAUUAGAGGGUUGGUCACUGGGCCCCUGUUAUAAUUUCGGACUUCAGGAGACCCCUCAGCGCCGUCUGUCAGGACGGGCCUCCGCGCCGACACCCUGCGACACAUCGGGCGCUGCCGGCGACCGGAGCAGCAGCAGCAGCAGUGUCCCUGGCCAUCCGGCCAGCGCCGGGCCCGCUCAAGGUUUAUACUUUGAAAGCAAAAGACCUUAUGCAGAAAACACAUUUGUUUCAGAUUUUACUGUUGGUACAAGUUCAUCUUCUGCACGAGAUAGUAAUUACCCUCAGAUCCUAAAAACUCCAAUGUCUGCUGGAAAUGCCCAGAGAUCAGGUUAUAAAACUUGGACACCACAAAUGGGAUAUUCAGCUACAUCCUCAUCUGCAGUUUCUGCACACUCUCCAUCAGUUAUUGUAGCUGUUGUAGAGGGAAGAGGACUUGCCAGAGGUGAAAUAGGAAUGGCAAGUAUCGAUUUAAAGAUUCCACAAAUUAUAUUAUCUCAGUUUGCAGACAACACAACAUAUGCAAAGGUUAUUACUAAACUCAAAAUUUUAUCACCUUUGGAAAUAAUAAUGUCAAAUACUGCAUGUGUUGUGGGAAAUUCAUCCAAGUUGUUUACAAUGAUCACAGAAAAUUUCAAGAAUGUUAAUUUCACUACUAUCCAAAGGAAAUACUUUAAUGAAACGAAAGGAUUAGAGUGUAUUGAACAGUUAUGCAUAACAGAAUUCAGCACUGUCCUAAUGGAGGUUCAGUCCAAGUACUAUUGCCUUGCAGCUGUUGCAGCUUUAUUGAAGUAUGUUGAAUUUAUUCAAAAUUCAGUUUAUGCACCAAAAUCGUUGAAGGUCUGUUUCCAGGGUAGUGAGCAGACAGCCAUGAUAGAUUCAUCAACAGCCCAAAACCUUGAAUUACUAAUUAAUAAUCAAGAUUUUAGGAAUAAUCAUACUCUCUUUGGUGUUCUAAAUUAUACUAAGACUCCUGGAGGUAGUAGAAGACUUCGCUCUAAUAUAUUGGAACCUCUAAUUGAUGUUGAAACUAUUCACAUGAGAUUAGAUUGUGUCCAAGAAAUACUUCAAGAUGAGGAACUCUUUUUUGGACUUCAGUCAGUUAUAUCAAGAUUUCUUGAUACAGAGCAACUCCUUUCUGUUUUAGUCCAAAUUCCAAAGCAAGACACGGUUAAUGCAGCUGAAUCAAAGAUAACGAAUUUAAUAUAUCUAAAACAUACCUUGGAACUUGUGGAUCCUUUAAAGGUUGUGCUGAAGAACUGCAAUACGCCUUUAUUAAGAGCAUACUAUAGUUCCUUGGAAGACAAGAGGUUUGGAACCAUACUUGAAAAGAUUAAAACAGUAGUUAAUGAUGAUGCAAGGUACAUGAAAGGAUGCUUAAAUAUGAGGACUCAGAAGUGCUAUGCAGUGAGGUCUAAUAUAAAUGAAUUUCUUGAUAUAGCUAGAAGAACAUAUACAGAGAUUGUUGAUGACAUAGCAGGAAUGAUAUCACAACUUGCAGAAAAAUAUAAUCUCCCAUUAAGGACAAGUUUUAGCUCUGCUCGAGGAUUUUUCAUCCAGAUGCCUACAGAUUGUACAGUCCUACCCAGUGAUAAACUUCCUUCAGAGUUUAUUAAGAUUUCUAAACUGAAAAAUUCGUACAGCUUCACAUCAGCAGAUUUAAUUAAAAUGAAUGAAAGAUGUCAAGAAUCUCUGAGAGAAAUAUAUCAUAUGACUUACAUGAUAGUGUGCAAACUGCUGAGUGAGAUUUAUGAACAUAUUCAUUGUUUAUACAAACUCUCUGACACUGUAUCAAUGCUGGAUAUGCUGCUGUCAUUUGCUCAUGCCUGCACUCUUUCUGACUAUGUUCGGCCAGAGUUUACUGAUACUUUAGCAAUCAAGCAGGGAUGGCACCCCAUUCUUGAAAAAAUAUCUGUGGAAAAACCUGUGGCCAAUAAUACUUAUAUUACAGAAGGGAGUAACUUUUUGAUCAUAACUGGACCAAAUAUGAGUGGGAAAUCCACGUAUUUAAAACAAAUUGCUCUUUGUCAGAUAAUGGCCCAGAUUGGAUCAUAUGUUCCAGCAGAAUAUGCUUCCUUUAGAAUUGCUGAACAAAUUUUUACAAGAAUUAGUACUGAUGAUGAUAUUGAAACAAAUUCAUCAACAUUUAUGAAGGAAAUGAAAGAGAUAGCAUAUAUUCUACAUAAUGCUAAUGACAGGUCACUGAUACUAAUUGAUGAACUUGGCAGAGGUACUGAUACAGAAGAAGGUAUUGGCAUUUGUUAUGCUGUCUGUGAAUAUCUACUAAGUUUAAAGGCAUUUACACUCUUCACUACACAUUUUCUGGAAUUAUGCCAUAUAGAUGUCAUGUAUCUUAAUGUAGAAAACAUGCAUUUUGAAGUUCAACAUGUAAAGAACACCUCAAGAAAUAAAGAAGCAAUUUUGUAUACCUACAAACUUUCUAAGGGACACACAGAAGAAAAAAAUUAUGGUUUAAAAGCUGCAGAGGUGUCAUCACUCCCUCCAUCAAUCAUUUUGGAUGCAAAAGAAAUCACAACUCAAAUAACGAAACAAAUUAUGCAAAACCAAAAGAGUACCCCUGAGAUGGAAAGACAGAGAGCUGUGUACCAUCUAGCUACAAAACUUGUUCAAACUGCUCGAAACUCUCAAUUGGAUCCAGAUAGUUUACGAACAUAUUUAAAUAAUCUCAAGAAGAAGUAUGAAGCAGAUUUUCUCAGGGUUGAACAAGUUUCAGGCGACACUGAAGAAUAACAAUUCACAUCUUGUACUAAUGAAAUAACAUACCUUAAUAUGAGGAACCUGGAAUUUAUUUUUCUUGAGAGUAAAAGAAAAUAAUAUUUGCUAAUUU